GAUCGGACUUGUGCGAUGAUUUCAAAUCUCGCGUCAGGCCCCUCAUGUGCUUCUCCCUCCGCAUGGUUUGGCGCAUCAGAAGCUCGACACGCUUAGUCCAAGAUCCCCUGGACUCCUGCAGUAGAAGUUAGAAGCUCCAGAUGUCCUCAUGGCGUGGAGAAAACGGAGACACUUGGAUCCCAGAGGCAGAUAUGUCCCCAAUAAUGUGGACCACCUGGCUUUCAAGUACAUGGAGAUGUGUAAAGUGGAGUCCAGCACUGACUCGGAGUCUGAGGUCAGCCUGAGGUGGUCCGACACCAGCACUAUGGGCUGUGGCAGCAGUGCAGCAGAGAGCGACUGUGUUCCCCAGACCCUCCCCCUGGUGCCCAAGUCCACAGGAAGACACGGCUGCUACUCUGUGUUUCUGGACCCUUACGACGGCAGCUCGGAGGACUCGGAUGAUUCUAUGGAUGUCCAGUGCAGCAGACGAACCAGACAGUUUGUGAAGAGCUCCCUCUGCUGGUGCUUGGGCCGUAACCGGAGACUCAACCAGCAACCCCUCCACCAACCUGCUGCAGACCCCAUCAAAACCAGCAAUACGGACAAGCAAAACAAUACACUUUCAUAUGACGAAAAUUCCAACUUCCAUGCAACCAUGUCUUUUAGCGACGGGGAAGAUUCGCUAGCUUCGGAGCAGAAUGGAAGAGACGGAGGAGGACCAUGCCUGAAGUCUGGGUGGUCCUACAUGAUGGACAGGUCUUAUGAAAGAUCUCCCAGCCCGUCAUCCAACCUCCAUAAGAGAAAGUGUGGGCUCCCCGGGGCAGAGCUGGUGGAUCGGACACAGAGGAAGCGGCAGUGCGUGGUUAGCAUGGAACUGGAGGAGGAAUUGGAAGAAACUGUGUUGAAAAAAAAUUAACUUGGAUUCAUUGUUUUCCAUUAAUGAGACUAUGCUGGCUCCUCAUAGUCAAGCCAGCAAAUGAGCUGAACAAAAAGAAGAAGAAAAAAAUUACACUUCACAAAAGGUGCAAAAAGUAACUUCUAGUAAGGGGGUUGUCACCUGCUUUUUCCAUGCAGAUGUUUCUUUGCCUGAAAUUUACCACAGUAUGGUGUUAAACCUAUAUAUCUUGCAUUAAUCCCCUUCCCAUUAGUCCUCUUUCCACAGAUCUGACCUGCUGCUUAACCCUUGGAAUUCACAUGCUUGUCUCCACGUUAUCGAAUGUGUUUUUUACCAUACUGUGGAACAUUCCAGGCAUAUCCGUGGUGACAAGAAAGUGAAUUAGUUUACCAUGUGUUUUUGCAUGUCUCAAUUGUGUCCGUUAUUGCGCAGUCCCCAUUACAAAAAUUUAACAGCAGAUGGCGCUAUAGUUACAUUUUUAGCUGAUGGUUUAGAAGUUUAAGUGACUUGUUUGAGAAAUAUUUCAGUGUAUGACAUAUCUUUUUAGUUAUUAAAUGAUUGCCAUAUAGAUUUCCAUAUUGUGUAACACCCCCAUAGAAACAAGCAAUUUAAAUUAUCAUUUUAUGUACGAUUUAGAUUGUACAUUUCAUAAACUACAGGUCCAAGUCUAACUUUGACAAAAACUAUCCAAGACUAAACCAGAACCAAAUCUGGAUUAUGCUAGAACUACAUUUAAAAUCUCAUAAUUCAAAUUGAACUUCUGGAAUAUUUAAGUCACUUCAUAUUUUCAUUUUAACCCGGUAACGCCCGGUGUCCCUUAUUUGAAAUAAACCCAAUCAUGCACCAGUACAACAAACAUGGUAAAGUUAUUCCUCCACUGUUUAUUUAAUUUUCUAUAAUUCGUUUCUCAUGGGGCAGGUUUGAGCAGGAGCUGCAGGAGCCCAUUGAAAAAAAAGAAAGCUUCAGGAAUUUUUUAUACAACUGUUGUAAAUUCCCAAAAUUAAGCGACUUGGGUCAAAAUAAAAAUCUGCAGCAGUUUGUUAUAUGCCUCCUUACAUAUCAUACCAAAAUAAAGUUCAUAGAAAUUUUAAUUAUAGCAGUUUUUGGGUUUGCCGCAAAUAUGCGUAAUCAGGACAUUAAGUAAAUAUUUACCAGCAUAUUGACUUCAACCGUUAAAAGGUAGUUUUAACUUAGUCUGUGGUUAAAAUCUGUGUUCCUGAGCCUAUCCACACUACGACAUUUGAAAGUCUGUUAAAAAGACUAAAUUCACAUUUGUUAAUAAUAAUUGAACUGUCAUUUCUUAUCUCAUUUGACUUUUUUAACUUCACAUAAAAUCUAUGAGAUACACAGAGAGGUGGGUAGUACUUACUGGAGUAGCCUUGUAAAGAAAUUCAGAGUACUUUUCUAGCAAUAUAUGUUUGUUUUUUGUAUAUGUUUGUUGACAAUGUGAAAUGAUUUGAACAUUUGUGUUUGUGGCAGCUCCUUCAGAUAUGAUUUAGUUUGUCUAAUUUGUGUGUAUCCUUUGAAAAUAACAGAUUUUGUGCAUUAUUUAAUGUUUUGUCCUUCCAUUUACUUUAACUAUAAAUUAUAAGUCGG